AUGGCGGAACGCCGCAACCACAACGGAUCGUGUCUACACAAUCUUGCCUCCGGAUCUUUGCCGCCAACUCUUAGCUCAUCGGACCGGUCUCGUCUCUUUUUCAAGGUGCUGGAUCAAUGGACGCACGAAUCCUCGGCCAAAUGGCAUCAUUUCGGCUCUUGGGCCUGGACUUGCACCAUACUUUUCAACAUCAGUGCUGAUGCUAGGCGAAUCGCACUUGUCGCGCACGCCGAUAAGAUGCCGAGCGCCGUCGCGGGCCAUCUCGGGUUCUGCUGCGCGACAUCGCUCGAUGCCGAGUUGCCUCUCAGAGCAGCUCUUGCAAGGAAAGGAAAAGAAGUUUUCCAACCUCGCCUCUUCCUUGUAUCGACUCGCCUCGCUGACCGGGAGUUGCGAAAAAAGGUGUCGCCCACUUCGACUUGGACCCUAAAAGAUCCUGAUAUGCGGGAUCCCACCAAGUACAAUCGUCGUAUCCGAUAUUCUGCCGUCUCCUUCUCCCCACCGCUUUCACCCCACGCCUGGGGCUCGAUGCUGGGGAGGAUGGGAAAUGCGCGGGACCCUGAGGACGAGGAUCCGGCAGGGAGAACGGCAUGUACAUGUUUGAUGUACCGAUACCAGCCGCCACACCGCACUCGCAGCUCCGGCUUGCUGAGGCGGGAGCUAUCUCUUUGCCAUGCCACGCCGCCCACGCGGGCGGGCGGGCUGGAAUCCUCGAAUAUCGACAAGUGUUGCACCGAGCUCAUUCACUCGGUCUCCGAUUGUUCAUCGACGUCUCUCGGUCGCACUUUGUGGUUUGUUGCGCAUCACAAUGGCUUGUUGACUGAGGCUUCCGUCAACUGGGCAUCUUCACCCACCUUUCGUGGCUCGUCUACUGAAGAACUGGAGCAACCCGUCGUACGCAACCGAAAGGUCAGCAAGAGCUUAGUCAACUUCGAACUGAUUAGGUCCUCCUGGGCCUGGCCAGGGCUGGAGUUGAGGCAAACCAAGCCCCUUCUGCCCCUCGAACAGCAGAUUCGAGCCUCGACAGGAAAAGCUUGGGUUAAUCCGUCGUCUACUGUAUACGGAGUACAACUCCAGUCGCCAAGGAGGUAUCGCUACAUUACACCCCCAUCGGACCGUGGCGGGUUCCUGGAGCAGAGACCACUUUUGCCCCUCCUCGCCCUCCAUUUCCCAUUUCCCCUUCCACUCUUCCAUGGCCUUCUGCUUGCAACAUGGAGGCUUUUUUUGGCUUGUUGCUGA